AUGACAUUCGGCGACUGUUGGACAGCUUGUUGGGAGAAACGUGUUACAUUGUGCGCGUGUGGCGGUUGCACUUCCGAGUUGUGUUGUGAAGAUUGCGGUGAACCUAGGCAAACAUUUGGCUUUGAAGUUUUGAUUGAUUUGACCCCUAAUAAUGGGUCCACUUCUGUAAAAGAAGGAAAGCUUCAUGUCCUGCAACACCUGUCCAACUUGUGGAAGGACAAAACUCUAUCAGACGUUACUUUCCACUGCGGUGAAGGGAAGUCUAUCAAAGCUCACACCUUGAUUGUGUCUUCCGCAAGUCCCACAUUGGCCGCCAUGUGUCAAAAUGGCUUCGAAAAGGGCACGGACCGAAUCAUUCCAAUCAAACUGACUAAGGCACACAUUUUUGAAAAUCUCCUUCGCUACAUCUACACCGGAGAAGUGGUCGCUGAAGAAGACGCAGAUCUGGAAGAAUUGCUAAUCGCUGCUAAAGAGUACGCCGUCGAGUCUUUGAAACAAGAAUGUGCAGCCCGUUUGUCAAGGUAUUUAACGGUGGCAAAUGCUACACGUUACCUCAUUACGGCUCACAAGAAUAAUUCACCAAAGCUACACGAGGCGGCGCUAGAUUUUAUGUCGAAGAACGCCAGAGCCGUUUCUUCACGCCCGGAUUGGCUGGACAUGAUGAAGACAUAUCCAGAAUUACGUUAUCAGACCACGCAGCUUAUGCUGGGCCUGUGA